UGGGGAGAACAGUUGCUUUGAUAACAUUCAGCCUCUUGAUGGUAUCUGAAUCUUACCUGAAAGAUCUUGGUGAUAAGGUGGUUUCCUCUGCAGAGCUGACUGGUAGUGAGUUUUUCAGCAGCAUCAAUGAAGCCAAGCAGAAGGUGGAUCAGGCAUAUAAAUUAUCCCGGGAAAGUAUGAAGGAAAGUUUGAACAAUGCUCAUGUCAACCCCUCUGAUUUCCUGAAAUAUUUAAAAGCACCAGUGGCAGGAACCAGGACUGCCAUUCGAGCGGCAAGUUACGUGGAAACUGCCUUGGAUAUCCUAAAGAAGAAAAUGCAAAAUAAGUGUCUGAAACCAUUCAAUAUUACAGAUGUAUUAAGCAGCCAGCAGAAAGACACACUCUUCAAGGUCACUGGUUGUAACUACGUAACGCGGCCGAUUCGGUGUCUGCUGAACAGACCUUACCGUACCAUCACUGGCGAGUGUAAUAAUAGGGAACACCCACAUUUUGGAGUAGCAAAUCAUGCCUAUGCACGCUGGCUUCCAGCAGAGUAUGAAGAUGGCGUAUCCCUUCCAAGAGGACUGAUUGAGGGGCAACUUUAUCAUGGACAUCCUCUCCCUCUGGUACGGAAAGUGUCCAACGAGAUCAUCACUACUUCCAAUGAAAAUGUCACGCCUGAUCAGGAACGCUCUCUUGCAUUCAUGCACUGGGGGCAGUGGGUUGACCAUGACUUGGACUUAGCUCCUGAAAGCCCAAGCAACAUUGAGAAUAAGAAGGUCCACUGUGACAGUAGUUGCAACUAUGUACCUCCUUGCUUUCCAAUUAAGAUCCCGCCUGGAGAUCCACGGAUUAUGACUUCGGGCAUCUGCAUGCCAUUCAUUCGGACAGCCGCAGUGUGCAACCCCAGAACAUUUGUCCGUGAGCAGCUCAAUUCAAUCACCUCCUUCCUGGAUGCCAGCAUGGUGUAUGGGAGUGAAGAGCCUUUAGCAAGAAGUUUGCGGAACCAAAGCAACUUGCUUGGUCUUAUGGCAAUCAACCAGAACUUCACCGAUGCGGGUCUGGCCCUUCUGCCUUUCGAGACGAACUCCAACAGCCUCUGUCUGCAUACAAAUAAAACUGCCAAAAUCCCAUGUUUUAAAGCAGGAGACCUAAGGGUCACUGAAAAUCUGGGAUUGACAGCUAUUCACACUGUGUUUCUUCGGGAGCACAACCGGUUAGCCCGGGAACUAAAGAAGUUAAAUCCCCAUUGGAAUGGAGAGAGACUCUAUCAAGAAGCCCGGAAGAUCACUGGUGCCAUCAUUCAGAUAAUCACGUACAGAGAUUACUUUCCCCUGCUGCUGGGGAACGAAGCCCGUAAACAGUUACCUGUGUACAAGGGCUACAAUAAGUAUGUGGAUCCCACCGUUUCCAACGUUUUCUCCUUGGCCUUCCGAUUUGGGCAUGGUAGUGUCCCGCCCAUUGUACCCCGUCUGGAUGAGAAUUUCCAGAACUCGCUUCCCUUUUCCAAUACCCCACUUCAUCUCACCUUUAUGGCUCCGUGGAGGAUUUUGGUGGAAGGUGGCAUUGACCCCCUUCUCCGUGGCUUCAUGGCAGACCGUUCUAAACUAAUGAGGCAGAACCAGAUGAUGGUUGAAGAGCUUCAGGAACGGCUCUUCGAGCAACUUGAACAUAUUGGUCUUGAUCUGUCAGCUCUGAACCUGCAGAGGGGACGAGACCAUGGUUUGCCAGGGUACAAUACCUGGAGACGUUUUUGUGGCCUCUCUGAUCCCAAAAAUGAAGCGGAGCUUGCUGUAGUCCUUCGCAAUCGUAAACUGGCAAAGCAGUUCAUUAACCUUUACGGGACACCAGAAAAUAUUGACAUCUGGAUUGGGGCGAUGUCCGAACCCUUUGUCCAAAAUGGGAGAGUUGGACCUCUCCUGGCCUGUCUCAUUGGAGCCCAGUUUAGAAAACUCCGAGAUGGAGACAGAUAUUGGUGGGAGAACCAUGGGGUCUUUACUCCACUGCAGCGCAAUGCUCUGGAAAAGGAUUCAUUUUCCCGUAUCAUUUGUGACAACACAAACAUCAAAGAGGUGACCAGGAACAUUUUCAAAACGAACCGCUAUCCAAGAGAUUUUGUGAGCUGCUGCAAAAUCACAAGUCUGGAUUUGUCAGCUUGGAAAGAAUAGAAUCAAAAUCUGGGCAGAAGGAUGAGUCAGGCAGUGUGGGACAGCACCUUGACUCUGCAUGGAGGGCCUGGAACUCAGGACGCUGUCAUACUCUAAAACAUGAAAUAGAAUGGUGGUAACCAGCUCCCACCAUUAAGGACAUGGCUUCCAGUCCAUUUCAGUUUAAGACCUAUAAACCGGGUGCCUGGAGUCAAAUGGAAUGGGGCAAUACACAAAUGCUGUAAGUAAAUAAGGUUACGUCUGCCUGUAUUUAGUAUUCAUUAGCAUCCUGUCUCACUUCCCCAAUUACCACAUUUUCCUGAAGUGAAGAACAUUUGGACCAGUUGCAAUGAGUAUUUCCAGAUGGGGGCAUUUGCAGGGCGGUCAAAAAAUCAGGAUAACCAUGCCAUCAAAGCCCGACACCUUUUUUAGUGCAUCACAUGAGCAAAAUAUA